AUGAUUCGUGUUUUGUCUGUUCCGGCACUGUUGUGCAGUGGCUUCUUUUUGUAUGGAGGUGUGUACGCCUAUGUGUCUAAGAAGUCGCUCGUUUCACUGUUGGUGGCUGCGGCCUUCUCCGGACUUUAUGCUGGUUCUGCGUUUGUGAUUAUGUCUCAAGCGGAAAGGCAUUUGGGAUACUGUCUGGCCGCCACUGUGUCUCUCACUGCCCUGAGUUUUGGUGCCUACAGAUUAUUUUCAGCAGAACUACCCACGGCUUCCAAGCGAAACUGGGCGAUAGGCAUCUAUAGUGCCGGUUUAGCAUCAGCGUGUUUCUACGUCGCCGUUUUGUGCGCCAAAAAGGCAUUCGAGAAGCCUGCCUCAUUGCAUUUGAAGGGCUCUUGA